UUGUUGCUGUGCUGGAAACCCCGUACUGACUCUGAAGGGACCCAAGAUGGCUGAAUACUCACGGGGGGGCAGUUAGCAAUUACCUAAGCAAGACGUCGGGAAUGAAUGGCAAAUAGCAUUAUAAUGUAAAGCGUAACCUCGGAGGACGCACACGACUACAGUUUGUUGAGUUGCAUAUUUUUGUAAUGCACGGAUACCAGUAAGGAGAGACUGGUCUCUCCGCGGCCCCGAGCCAGAACAUGGCGGAACACUUGGGGAAGAAAUAGCAGCUAACGUUAGCCAGCUAGCGUAUUAUCGAGACACACAAUUAGAAGCGUCGGUUUGAGACAAAACACCGGCUUUACGGUCCGUGAACGCAAAACAAUGUCGUCGGUGCAUGGCCCAAGUCUCUCCGUGAUGAAUGGUUCUUUAGCGGUGAACAUGUUGAGCGUAGGCAGUUAGCGUACCAGCUAGCUAGUUAACUUACCAGGUUUGCUAGCUGCUGUCACUGGCUAACGUUGCGGGGUCGCGUACAAACUGUUCCCACCAGCAGGCAGACUAUUCGGAACAAUUGAGCAGAACUAGACGACCACACUUUGAAUGUUGUCCUUUCGCCUGUCUGUAAAAACCGUGUAAUGCUACCCAGCUCUUCUUUAGUCGAUUAAUAAGCCUGCUGACGCCAGUGUCCUCCGCACUAUAAAAUCAGGCUACUGCUAGCAUGCUAUGAUGUUCAGUAAGCGGAUUUCUGCGGCGCGUUGCCUGUAGCCGGGACGAGACAAGUUUUGGGGGAGUUUUGUCAAGAUCAUCGGAGAUUUUAGUUUCAACCGCAGAGUAGAUCGGGAAACACGCCUGGUUUGACUUGUGAGCUGGCCGGGUUGACCCUUGACAUACAGUGGAGCUGCAUUGUGGCGGACAGGUGUAACAAGUGAAUUGAAGAAGAAGCAGCCAGCCUGUAAAGUCAAGGCGAAGGCCCGGGAGGGAGAUCCCGGUUACAGCCGCCUGCCAAGAUGACGGACACUCGCCGCCGAGUUAAAGUUUAUACCCUCAAUGAGGACAGGCAGUGGGACGACCGUGGGACAGGACACGUCUCAUCCAGCUAUGUGGAGCGAUUGAAAGGCACGUCUCUCCUGGUGCGAGCGGAGAGUGAUGGUUCCCUACUGCUGGAGUCCAAAAUCAACCCAAACACAGCCUACCAGAAACAACAGGACACAUUGAUAGUAUGGUCAGAGGCUGAGAAUUAUGAUCUGGCACUCAGCUUCCAGGAGAAGGCCGGCUGUGAUGAAAUCUGGGAGAAAAUAUGCCAGGUGCAGGGGAAAGACCCAUCGGUGGACAUCACCCAGGACGUGGUGGACGAGUCUGAGGAGGAGCGCUUUGAUGACAUGUCAUCUCCGGGCCUGGAGCUGCCGCCGUGUGAGCUCAGCCGCCUAGAGGACCUGGCCGAGCUGGUGGCCUCCUCACUCCCAUCGCCGCUGCGGCGAGAGAAGCUGGCACUUGCUGUAGAGAACGAGGGCUAUAUCCGUAAACUCCUGGAGCUUUUCCGCGUGUGUGAGGAUCUGGAGAACCGAGAGGGACUUCACCACCUUUAUGAAAUCAUUAAGGGCAUCUUCCUGCUCAAUCGUACCGCACUCUUUGAGGUCAUGUUCUCUGAAGAGUGCAUCAUGGACGUCAUUGGCUGUCUGGAGUUUGACCCUGCACUCCCGCAGCCGCGGCGCCACCGGGAGUUCCUCACUAAGACAGCCCGCUUUAAGGAGGUGAUCCCCAUCUCUGACCCGGAGCUGCGUCAGAAAAUCCAUCAGACGUACCGGGUGCAGUACAUCCAGGACAUGGUGCUGCCCACACCCUCUGUGUUUGAGGAAAACAUGCUGUCCACGCUGCACUCCUUCAUCUUCUUCAACAAGGUGGAGAUUGUUGGCAUGCUACAGGACGAUGAGAGGUUUCUGACGGACCUCUUUGCACAGCUCACAGAUGAGGCCACAGAUGAUGACAAAAGACAUGAACUGGUAAACUUCCUAAAGGAAUUCUGUGCAUUCUCACAAACGUUACAACCUCAAAACAGAGACGCCUUCUUCAAGACUUUGUCAAACAUGGGCAUUCUGCCUGCACUAGAGGUCAUACUGGGGAUGGAUGAUGUGCAAGUGCGUGGGGCAGCGACAGAUAUCUUCUCCUAUCUGGUGGAGUACAACCCCUCCAUGGUACGAGAGUUUGUCAUGCAGGAGUCUCAGCAGAAUGAUGAUGACAUCCUGUUGAUCAACCUGAUCAUAGAGCACAUGAUCUGUGACACAGACCCAGAGCUAGGUGGAGCGGUGCAGCUGAUGGGCCUGCUACGAACUCUGGUGGAUCCCGAGAACAUGCUGGCUACGGCUAAUAAAACGGAGAAGACAGAGUUCCUGAGCUUCUUCUACAAGCACUGCAUGCACGUCCUCUCUGCUCCGCUACUGGCCAACACCACAGAAGAAAAACCCAGCAAAGAUGAUUUUCAAACAUCUCAGUUGCUGGCGUUGAUUUUGGAGCUGCUGACUUUUUGUGUUGAGCACCACACCUACCACAUCAAGAACUACAUCAUCAACAAGGACAUCCUCAGGAGGGUACUGGUGCUUACCGCCUCUCAGCACGCCUUCCUGGCACUAUGCGCCCUGCGCUUCAUGCGGAGGAUCAUCGGUCUAAAGGAUGAAUUCUACAAUCGCUACAUCAUGAGGAACUUCCUGUUUGAGCCGGUGGUCAAGGCCUUCCUCAAUAAUGGCUCGCGCUACAACCUCAUGAAUUCCGCCAUCAUUGAGAUGUUUGAGUACGUCCGUGUGGAGGAUGUGAAGUCUCUCACAGCUCAUAUAGUAGAGAACUACUGGAAGGCUCUGGAGGAUGUGGACUAUGUCCAGACCUUCAAGGGCCUGAAACUGCGCUACGAACAGCAGCGAGAGAGGCAGGACAACCCCAAACUGGAUAGCAUGAGGUCGAUCCUGAGGAACCACCGUUUCCGUCGUGACGCACGGACGUUGGAGGACGAGGAGGAGAUGUGGUUCAACACAGAUGAGGAUGACCUGGAGGACGGUGAGGCAGUGGUCCCACCUUCUGACAAGAUGAAGACUGAGGAAGAUCUCAUGGAACCUAUAAGCAAGUUCAUGGAGAGAAAGAAAUUGAAAGACACGGAGGAUAAGGAAGUUUUGGGGAAGUCGAGCUUGUCAGGCAGACAGAACCCCAGCUUCAAGCUCUCUUUCUCUGGUUCCACCAAAACCAGCCUGUCCAGCCCGCCUUCGUCUGCCUCACUCAACCCAGGCUCACCGGGAUCGCCAGGGUCUCCGGGUUCAGGGGCACGAAGUUCGCCCCCCACUGCAGCCGUCACCACAAAGGGAGGUUUGGUGGGACUGGUGGACUAUCCUGACGACGAUGAGGAGGAGGAAGAAGAGGAUGGGGAGAGUAAAGAGGACCCUCUGCCCCCUUCCAAGAAGUCCAAACUGAGCUCCAGUUAAGCAUCGGUGUCUCAGCUCUCGCUCUGCUCGACACAGUUUCAGCGUGUAGACUUAAUACGGGAAUGAUCAAACUUGUAAACAAAAUGAAUGAAUGAAUGAAAGCCACCCCUCGCUGUCAGAAGGGGGCCAAAAGAGGAGAGGACUGAGAAUGGAUUCAAAGCCUCCUCGGACUAUCCCAGUUUAUACAAGUGCCAAUCAGGAGACCAGGAGUGAAGAACCAACUGAAAAGUGAGCGAUCUAGCGUGAAAGUGAGGGGGGGAAAAAGGACGAUAACCGUUAUCGCAGUCAGGAAGUACGACACAGAUUGGAGUUUGGUAAUUCAGCAACUGGAGGAAAUCACAGAUUGCGGGCUCGGACCAUAACCCACUGCCCCCCGCCCCCCACUCAGGGAAGGACAUCGCAGCGACCCAGAUCGGUCGGCCAAUUCAGACCCAGAACCACCACUCACACCCCUCCUCAGAAACCUCCUUCCUCCCUCUGUUCCUUUCUCCCUCUUUUUCCCUUCGCUCUCCUCUCUCUCCCUCUCUUUCUCUAUUGUUUUAUGUUGUUUUAUUUUUUUAAGUUAGUUUAUAGGACCAGACGGGAGGCAGCACGGGGCAAAAAGCUGUCCUUGUUGUCGUUUGAUGAUGUCAUCGGUGUCGUUAUCGUUGCUCAGCGGACGUUCUUUCUCUAAAGAGAAAAAAGCCAGCAGUUUCUUCAUUAUUUUCUUUUGUUCUCUAUUUGACUCUUUCUCCUUUUUUGUAAAUGACAACAAAAAAGACCUGCCUUUAAAUGUUCAGGACGUUUUCAGUCGCACUUGAACAGGUUUUUAAAGACCUCAGUAGGUGAGCUAGUUUUACCCUUUUUUGCCCUUUGAAACUGCAGAUUUUUUGGAAAAUUUGUAAUCCCGUCUUGAUUAAAGAUUGAGUGGAAUUCUAGAUGUGAUUAAUUUUGUCAUAUCUUCUCUUUUUUUUUUCCUUUUACAUGAGUGUACACUUAGUUGUUCAGAAUAUUUGGGACCAUUAAAAUGAUCUUUGCUGUAA